ACGACGCCGUCUCAUUCUUGCUUCCAAGUUCCAAAUUCCAAUCCCAUAUCCUUCCACGUAUCCAAUUCCAGAGGCUCCACUUUUGUUUUCCAAAAAUGGCAGUUCACUCUCUGUCCAAGCUUCCAACAUCUACCACAGCUCUCAUUCCCAAUCACAGAACUAAACCCGGCCUAGAUUCGCCACCUCUGACGCGGAAUUUGAGACACGACGGUUUGCAGAAGCCAUGGCUGGGAGCCAACAGUCUCUCGCUUCAGUCCUCAAGCCUCAGAGUCAGAACCCAAGAGCCAAAGCUACGACCUUUCUCUGCCACAGUCUGCCUCAGCCUCCCUACUGCAAAUGCGGAAGGAGUUUCAUUCACUGAGAAAGUGCCCAAAUGGUCUUGGAGGGCUAUAAAGUCAUUUGCCAUGGGUGAAUUGGAAGCCAGGAAGCUCAAGUAUGCAACUACUGGGACUGAAGCAAUUCUCAUGGGUAUCCUCAUAGAGGGAACCAGUCUGGCUGCAAAAUUUUUACGGGCAAAUGGAAUUACACUUUUCAAGGUUCGUGAAGAAACGAUCAAGUUACUUGGGAAAGCUGACAUGUGGUUCUUCAGUCCUGAGCAUCCCACAUUGACUGAGGAAGCUCAAAGAGUGCUUGAUUGGGCUGUUGACAAAAAGCUAAAAUCUGGUGAUAGUGGGGAAAUUACAACAUCUCAUCUGCUUCUUGGCAUUUGGUACGAAGUGGAAUCGCCGGGUCAAAAGAUACUGGCUACCCUAGGCUUCAAUGAAGAGAAAGUUAAAGAGCUGGAGUCUCUUAAGUUCUAAACCUGGAUUCAUUGAUGGAUGAUGUCUUCCUUGUUUGUUCAUUGGGACCUGUGAUAUAAAUUUCAUCAUCAAAUAUGGAACAAUGAUGUUAUUCGGAGAUGUUUAAUGGGAUUGCAAGUUCCUGAAUGGUAGUCUGCAUUUGGUUCAUCAACAUACAAGUAAUUUUUGUUGUAUUUGAAUUUUGGAAACUGGAAAAAAAAUCUGCAAUAAUUUCUUCUAUAUGAAAUGCCGUGUGAC